AUCACCAUUCAUGUCUCGACCGCCGUUGGAGACACACGUAUUUAUGUAACUUAACAAAACUAUAUAACUGAAGUGCAUUCGUUUUUCCUAAAAUCCACCAACAAGUUUAAACCCAUUCAAAGAUUGGGCUAUUAUAAUUUUAGUGCGUAAAUUAAUAAAUUGUGUAAUUCUCUGGAUGUCACUAACAUCAACGGACCAAAAUUAGAAGUUGGAGAAUUCCUUAUCAUAACAUCAACACCAGUGUACACGAUGAAGUGUUUACUCCUCCUGGCGUUUGCGUCUCUAUGCCAGGGUCUGGCUCUUCAGAAGACAAAGAACCUUCCUCGACCUGAUCUCCUGGUGCUGACGGCCUUGGACCCUCCGUCUUUGGAAGUGGAGUGGGCACCUGUGAAGCAUGAUGAUCCGAGUGAACCUAUUUUGGGGUAUAAGGUCAAAGUUUGGGAGCUACCACCAGUCAAAACCUACAAAUAUGAGGUCGUAGACGGAGUAAAAACACUUGUACAAGAAGAGAUGCCUCCUAAAAUCGGUGAUGCCGACACGCCUCCAGAAAAAGACGCCAGAGAGAUCUUAGUGCGUGGACCACAGACCUCUAAAACUAAGGUCCCCAGCAUCAAACUAAACGUCAUUUAUGAGGUUCGAGUGCGUGCGUUCUCGGCGCGUCGCGACGGUCCGCUCUCUACGCACAUGCGCGUUCAGCUGAUGGAUGAUAAGAAGGCUGAUACCGACAUUGGACCUUGACCUCUGACACAAGAGAGCGCCACUCUGCCCUAUUCUGCGCCACAUCACGCCAGUUGGGUAUUCCGAGGGCCGAGGGCUGACAGGUCUUUUAGGGUUUCGUCACUCCAGCGCCUGAGACGCCCAAAUGGACGUUUUCGACCCGGGUGCCCCACAUACGCGCUUCUCACAGCACAAUCCUCUUCCAUCCGCUUCAGGUGACCGAGCCAGCGGACUCCGGGAAAGUUACUGUAUGUCUGUCUAUUACCUCUUCACUAUUCAACCGAACUGAUUUAUAGUUCGUGUCACCCACGAUGACGCCCAAAUUUGUCAAUUCUAUAUCGGAAAAGGCACCAGUAAUGUAAUGGUAUAGACAAAUCCUGUAAAACAAGUAUUUACCGUCAGUUUUUUAAACGCUGACAACAUUUUACCAUAAACAAGAGCCAAAAAGCUGCUUAAGUUUAAUUUUUCAUUGAUAAGUAUUGUUAGUUUGAAAAUUAAUGACAUCCAAAAACUGGAGCAAGACACCAUAGUUUAAAUUGGUUAACAAUAUUGAAACCAAUUUCAGUAGCUUUCAUUAAAUACAUAGAAAACAUAGAGGAUGAAUUAGACAUUAAACUUUUAAAGCAUAAAGCGGUAUAAAUUUUACAGUUGUCGGUGAAAUAUCAAAAAUACUUCAAUUUUUCUCUUAUAUGUCCCAUGAUUGGUGCCGUUAACAUAAUAUGACAAUACGACUCAACUCAAGGCACGUGCCGUAUAUGACAGGAUCUAUAGAUGAAAUUGGGUAUAGAGAUAGUUUCAGAGCCGAGGAAGGGAUAUGGGAUAGAUUUUAUACUAUUAGUAAGGAUGUUACAGACCACAUGUGUAUCAAACAAAAUCAUUAACAAAAACUAUAUAAAGCUGACCCUGCCUUAAAAGUACAAACUUACUUUAUGACUCCAAAGAAACGAAAACAGACCUUAUGACCUUGUGAUAAGGUGUUAGAGAGGUGACAUUUUAAGGGGGUAAGAUAGGAUUAGAUAGACAAGGAUAGUGUGUAGAGUGACAGAUGUCACCUGAGUCUGUCAUAUUUCGGACAAGUAAUGUCAGUUGGUAAAAUAAUAUUUUUUUAGAUAGUCCAUCUGAAAUUGCACCAAUUUAAUCAGGUCAAAGUGCUCUAGGAAAAUA